CUUUUAGUGAAUACGUUUUGUGUUGUAUGUUCUUUUUAUAAACAAAUUCUUUCUCUUGUUCUUUUCUCUCCUUCACCGAGACACGGAGCUGUACUGCCAACUUGUCCCGUUCCCCGCCUCCCCCUUUGAAAGUGCGCCACUUGAAUCAUCGAGCUGCCAACCUGGAAUCAACCGCUAAAUUACCCGGUACGAAGCAGCUCGUCCCUUCGUACCUCAUCCAAGUUCCCUCUUUCAAACCCUCUUGAUCUGAUAGUGAAGAUAGAGAGGGUGGAAGUGAGAAGUACUUAGUAUGAAUUAUAAACAGCCAUCCGUGGCUUGUCCAUCAUGAAGGAAACGUUGCGUAAAAAGUCCACAAGAUCGGACUCUACCAGCGAAAUUGACAAUCCUUCCACCACAAGUGAAGCCCCCUCUAACCCAUGGGCGAGCGAAUCUUCGUCCGCUGCGAACGGUGAGCCCAUCUCACGACAGACUUCAAAGUCGUUCAAGACACCAGAGACAGGUUCUCCCAUUAGGCCCACAGCUCAGGAAAAGUCUUCAUCAUCAUCACCGCCACCACCACCACGGUCAACAACGCCAGCGACACUUGAAGUGAACGGCGGAGAAAACGGCACUGAUAAGCCGACCCGUCGAAGAAAGACCAUCACAAAGACACCUCACACCUUCGAGCUCGAGGUCGACCUGAACCCCAUGAAGAAAGAACAGCAACCACCACCCCCGACGCCAGAGGUGCCCAGGACAGAGACACCCGCCUCGACGCCGGCGCCGAAAAAGAAAAAGAAAGCCGCCCAAAAUCCUCCUCCAGAAACACCAAAGUCGAUUACAGUAGUCAAUGCUGUACCUUCCAUUCAAUCGACCCCUGCCACACCGACAUCACCAAAGCCUGUCUCGGUACCUCCAUCACAGACAUCGACACCCUCCGCCACAGCGGUUCAACCGCCUCCCACACCCGCUUCCAAUGGACCUACCUCCCCGAAACCGGCUCUCCCGACACCUGCUGCUCACCCCUUUACCAACACCCACCGACCCAAGAAAUCUCUGUCGUCGUCUACCGCCGUCACGACUUCCAGCAACCCAUGCCGCUUCACUCCACCGCUUCUCCCGGACGAAUCCUUCCAUGGCAAAGUGGUAGUCCUGACCAACGGUGCCUCUCAGACCGGUCAAGCUCUGAUCCGUCAGUUUCACGCCGCCGGCUCGCGCGUCAUCUUCGGCGACAAGUCAUCCGACCAAGCGCGCAAACUCAUCUCGUCCCUCCCACCCCCCCACGUGGUACAUUUCAACAAAUGCGACAUGACACGGUACUCGGACAUGUUGGAACUCUUCAAGCUCGCGACGACCAUGUACGGAAGGGUCGACCACGCCAUUUUCGGGGUCGGCGACGACGGUGGACACGCGCGGUCCGUGGCCGAGGCCGAACGCGGCUGGUUCGACCAUGACCGGCCGGGUAUGAACAAGACGUUCCGCAUGGCCGUCUCCGAAAUCGAGCGGGAACCCUACGGUCUGGGCGAGACGUUGACGGCGGCCACGCGGUUUGCCAGGAUCGCAAUGGCUUAUCUGAAAUACUCACCGAAGGCGAAACAAAAGCCCAAGAUUGUCAAUCCUUACUCGAGUCCACGACCCGACGAGACCGUGGGAGGAGGACCACCAGGCAAGGACGAUCGCAGUUUGACCUUUGUCACGAGCGUCGCGGCUUUCAAAGAGACGCCAGGUCUACCCAUCUACCAGAUCUCACAACACGGUAUCCUGGGUCUGGUCAGGAGUCUGCGUAGUGCCGUCGACCCGGACCCCGAACGGGACGGGGUGAGGAUCAACGCGGUCGUCACGAACGUCAUGGUCCCCCGGGCGUUGGCCCAGAGCGGGGGGAGGAUGAGCGUUCAACUCCCGCCCGACAGGCCGGAGGACGUGGCGCGCGUGGUUGCCGGGGUCGUGGCGACGAGCAGCGCAAACGCGGUGGUGACGGAAGGGACCGAAACCGGUAUCACGAACGGUGGAGGCAUUUGGUACGAAAGGGGGUUCGAGAGGGGUGUCAGAGAGAGGUUCUUGCACGGCCGCGUGAUAUAUGGUGUCGGUACGGAAUGUUGGGACGUCCAAGAGGGUUUGGAUAGGAGCGAGAGUUUGUGGAUCGGUUCGAAACCCGUCGAGGCGAUGAUGAAGGGGUUUGGGACUACUACUACCACUACAGGGGCAGGACAAAACGAUGGGAGUAGUAGUUGGAUAUUGGAUUUAGCGUAGCAUUCAAAUUUUCUUUUUGGGACCCUCAGACUCC